AUGAAAGCCUUAGCGACUAAAAUAGGAUUUCGACACAUGACCACUCCACCUUAUCGACCUCAGGCCGACCCUGUCGAACGAGUAAAUCGAGUAGUACGCACCAUGAUAAUCGCAUUUAUAGAAAGAAGUCAACGUGAGUGGGACCUACACCUCCCAGAAUUUCGUUUUGCACACAACACAGCGUACCACUCCUCAAUCCAAAGUACUCCAGCGUUUCUUAAUUUCGGGCGCGAACCAUCAGCCGCGAUAUCCCUACGCCGAGAACUAGAAAGAGAUAUGGUCAUUGUCCACCAACCCUCACUAACUUGGUCUAAAAGAAUGCAACAGCUUAACGAAUUGCGAAAUAGUAUCGUUCACGCUCUAGACAGUGCCUUCCGAAAACAAUCUUUCUAUUAUAACCGCAAACGACGCGACCAACGAUACGAAGUCGGUGAUUUAGUAUGGAAAAAGCAACGCGUGCUAUCCGCCGCAGAUAGACACUUCAUGGCGAAACUAGCAGAUGCAUUUCACGGUCCCUUUAUUGUCACUAAGCGCAUAUCAAAUGUGGUUUCUGUUCUGGAAGAUUUACAGGGGCAAUCGAUGGGAAAGUUUUCGGUACAAGACCUAAAACCUUACCAUUCAUUACUCCAAGAUAACCCAGAUUAA